GGUAAAUACGUGAGUUUGUUUUGUGUUUUGCAUAGUGAGAGUGGGUAGUGGCACGUGAAACGAGAAAUAUGACAACUGCUAUGAAUGCGAUGAAGAAAAAAGUAACACAAAAUGAUCUUAGAAGAAUAAUGAGUGAACAGAAGCAGAAGCUUCUACAGUCUGUAAAAAAAAUUGAUUCACCUCUGGCAAAGUAUACCGAUUCAGGUCAACUUACGUGCAUCCUGUGUGAUUCGGUGGUGCGCAGUGAGGCAGUGUGGACUGUGCACAUCAACAGCAAGCAGCACCGUGAAAAUGUUGCACAGGUUAAGAAGAAACGAGAAGCAGAGCGCGAGCGAGAACGUAUUGCGGAACUUGCCCGUGUGCAAGUCAAGAGGCGGCCACCCACACCACCACCACAGCCAGCUAAGAAGCUGAAAAGUAUCUUGAAGAAUGCCAGUGAAAGUCCACCAAUAGUAGUCAACAGCAUUCCACCUGACUUUUUUGAUGGAUCAGCGCAGAUGAAAACUGCCCCUCCCGCAACACUGCCUGAGAAAAAGACCGUACAGUCGAGGGUUCUGUUGGUUCGAGGUGUGCCGUCGGAUGACGAUGAGGAGGAUGAGGUAGAAAAUGAUGGUGAUGAGGCUGUGUUGAAGGCUAAGGAAGAGGAAGCUGAGACAGAUGCGAAGGAUGAGAAGGCUGCAAAAAAUAGCAAAGUGGCUGCAGAAGAUGCCUUACCUGAAGGAUUUUUUGAUGACCCUCUGUUGGAUGCUAAGGCUCGAAAUGUGGAGUAUAAAGACCCAGUGGAGGAGGAGUGGGAGAGGUUCCAGCGAGAGAUUAAGGCGACGGAGAACAUGUCUGCUGCCAUUAUAGCAGAGGACCAGGAGGCAGCGACUGCAGAGAGGCAGAUAGAUGAGAUAGACGAGCAGAUACGCAACUGGUCCAGGGUUUUGGACCUCGAAAGGAAGAAGGAGCUAGUGGCGCAACAGUCGAACACUUCUGGGAAGGGCGGAGCAGGAGCCAGCGAUGAAGAGUCGCCCAACAGUUCGGACGAGCUCGACCCUGACAGUUUUGACGAGUACCUGGACUGGCGAGCGAAAAAGUCCUUCAAGUGAGAAGGCGGAUUGCAGUUUUGGAUGCCAUUGCCAGGUUACAGUGGAGGUGCAUAACUGCUGUUGUUCCAACAACCACGUCUCAGAUCAUUUUUUGAAAAAUAAUGGGAGAAUCGAGCAGUGUUCUUGUGGGUCUGCAACUGGACAUUGUAA